AUGUCAUCAAAGAGAUCCCGCAAGAGAGUGAAGCCUAGCCCUGGCGCGGACUCAUCGUCCCCCACAUCCCCGGACAAUGCUGCCCGAGAUCGCUCGGACUCUCAGCCUCAGCGGCCUGGAAGCUGGUAUCCUGGAAACUGGUCGGGCAUAUCGCGGGUCUCCAAGGCGGCUCCAGUUACCGAGGUUGCCCGUGAGAGCAUAUCGGUCGCUCAAAACGUAGCUUCCAGCGUUGCAAACACCUCGGCCUCCCUCCUUGACAGCUCGAAACAAUACAGAAAUCCGUCAAUUAAACUGACCCGAAAGGCGGGCGCCUCAACUAGAUCGCUACCCGCCAAUGUGACAACGACCCGGGUCAACAUAAGAGAGACUAUCGAGGAAGAAACACCAAAAUCCAUAGAAAAACCAAAAGAAGCGCAAGAGAUCAUUCCUGAUAAAGCUGGCCCCGCGCCCGAGCCCAAUACGUCGCAAGCAGAUCAGACUGAGCAAGCUGGCGGUUGGUUUUCUUGGUUGUAUCGCUCCGGGAAUACUGAAAAGAGCACUGGUAGCGACCCGGCUCCUCCAGAAACGACAGGAACGCAGCCAGAGCAGGACGAAGCUACGAAGCAAACCGAUACACAACCAGUCACCUGGGACUCGCCUGCACAAAUGCAAGAACAAUCACAGCCAGAUCAGGAAUCACAACCAACAAAUAACACAACGGAGCCAGGUUCCAAGGCGCAAAAGCGUUCUUGGUUGCAAAUGUGGUACGGUUCGGCUUCAUCGAGCAAGCAGGGAGAACAAUCUACAAUGGAACCAAGCAAGGCGUCUCCGGCUGGGCCUCAAAUCUCUUUGAACGAAGAAGUUAAUAUGUCACCUAAAGAUUUAUCGGGAGAAUCUGACGAGUCAGUGGGUCAGACCAAGCCUCCCACCGGGAACACCAGAUCCUCCGGGUGGUCAUUCUGGUCCAAAGAGUCGAAAGACCCGUCUGUUUCACAACCCCAAGAAGUCGAAGGGGUUGAAGGAACAAUUGAUCAAAGCUCACCAGUACGAGCGACGUCACUUGAGCCGGACCCAGACACGAAUGUCAAUAUUACCAAGAACGACAGUGUCAAAAUCAAACUGCCAAAGGACAAGUACGCUAAAGAUGAGUCUGCGUCCGCGUCCGUUGCGGCCGCAACUUCUACCUCCGCACCAUUUGCCGAGCCUCGCCCAGCCGAUGUUACCGCGUCAAAGCAACUGCAGAAAAUCCUUCCCAAUCAAGUGCUUCCGCGCUUCGAAGACACUUAUACUCUGGAAGAAGCGCCCUCCAUUCUGCAAUCUCUUGGACGAAUUCUCCAUUAUUCUAAAAGUCCCGAGCACAAGCACGUAUCUCGAAUCAGAGAGCCUCCGCGUAUCAAGCGAGCCUUGGCCAUUGGUGUUCAUGGCUAUUUCCCCGCGCCUUUGAUCCGAAGUGUACUGGGGCAGCCCACGGGUACAUCCAUUCGAUUCUCAAACAUGGCGGCGGAGUCGAUCCGAAAAUACACAGAAGAUCAUGGCUACUCUUGUGACAUUGAAAAGAUUGCCUUGGAAGGCGAAGGUCGUAUCUCAGAACGAGUCGACCUGCUAUGGAAGCUACUUCUCAACUGGAUGGAGGAGAUUCGCAAGGCUGAUUUCAUCAUACUUGCUUGCCAUAGUCAAGGAGUCCCCGUCACAAUUAUGUUGGUCGCCAAGUUGAUAGCUUUUGGCUGCGUCAACGCAUCGCGUGUGGGUAUCUGCGCUAUGGCAGGUGUGAAUAUGGGCCCCUUCUCUGCAUAUCGUUCUAGGUGGAUUAGUGGCUCGGCCGGUGAGCUCUUUGAAUUUGAGCUUCCCUUCAGCCAAGUCUCUAAAGACUAUGAGGCUGCCUUGAAGUGCUGUCUUGACUUUGGAGUUCGCAUAUCAUAUGUUGGAAGUAUCGAUGAUCAACUAGUCUCACUUGAGUCGGCCUUGUUCUCCCCAAUUUCUCACCCAUACAUCUAUCGAUCCGUCUUUGUAGACGGUAGAGUCCAUGCUCCAAGCUUCCUUUCUCAUCUCGUCGGAUUUGCCCUCAAGCUUCGAAAUCUCGGCGUCCAAGAUCAUGGCCUCAUCCGCGAACUCAGCAGCCCACUGGCCGGCAGUCUUUACACUGGGGAAGGACAUUCUCGUUUGUACGAUGACGAAGCCGUAUACUACAUGGCUAUCCAGUUCGCGCUGGAAACCACAACCAUCCCAAACACCAACCUACACAUUAAACGGUCCGCUCCAGCCAUACCCAAUCCUUAUAUUCUACCAUUCGCCAUGCGCGGUAUUCUCGAGGAAGAACACGUUCGACGCGAGCUUCACGAAGAAAUGAUGGAGCUUCUCCGCCAAUUCGACGACUGGAAGCCAUCAAGCAAAGUUUUAAAGGAUGUUAAGUUCCGCCUCGAGGGGGAUACGAUCAAAGCUGUAGAUACCCUUAUUCAAGAUUUCCCUUGCUCUCGCUUUAGCGUUCCUUUCAGCGACUACAUAAAAGGAAACACAUUUCCUUGCGCCAUAUUUUACUUACGCAAUACUAUUCCUUUGCUUUCAACCAUUGAAACUGGGAACGAUCCUUCGUUUAUCGGGUAUUAUAUAGAACUUUCCAAGAUACCUUAA